AUGGCCACGGCACUGGCGUGGUGCCUGGAACGCGUUCGGGAGCACAAGUGCAUGGACACAAACACCUCGGAAGUGAACCGGGACUUCGCCGGUCUUCUGGAGAAGCUGCGGGUGCAUUCACAGCUGGAUGCCGCUGACUACCUAGACGAGCAGCUCAGGUCGUUUAUGAAGUGCACGCUUAGUUCCCAGUAUACUCUGGAGCCUCAUGCUGCCAUCCUGCGAGCGAUGCUGUCAUUGGCCCGCUCGCCUACACAAGUCCCUGGACGGGUCGUGCGCAUGUUGCGUGGAAUCUACGAGAGCCGGAAGAAGCGUGAGAAACUGCAGCAGCGACAAGCUGGGGAGCACGCACAGGAUCGAAAGAUGUUGAUGGAGCUGGAAUUGCAGCAGGUGGCCGACCAUGCUUGUGAAGAUUGGGAGGAAGCCUGGUCUGUAGCAGACUUGGUGAUGGACGAGACGGCUUCGCCGCAAAGUGACGGGGUCAGCGGCGCGUUCACUGCAGCUGAUUCAAGCGAAGGCCCCAGCUGCGACGAGCUGUUGGAGGAGGAUAAGCCUGAACUACCUGCAGAUGCAGCCUUGUGUCGUGACUUGCAUGGCCGUCUGCCACGCCAGCCCUGGCAAGAUGCUUUAGAGGAGGAGCGCUUCCUCCUUGAGAAGUACUUCCGCGGCCGCGGCGAGGAACAGGAAUACCUGGUCGCCUUGCCAUUGUCGGAGGAAUCCCUUCUCCAGAUUGCGAUUCAGAUGCUGUGUGGGUUUUAUGGGGAGAUGGUGGCACCUGACCAGAACGGAAAUCUCCAGUGGCGGCCCCUGCACUUACCGGGGGUGCUUGGACCAAAAGCCCUGGCCCCACUGUUGCAGCAGCUUGCGGACUUGGGCUCCUUGCUGCAGGAGCUCCGAAGUGCCACAGCCCUCCUGGAAGCUGUGGCUCCUCCUUUCGCGCCGGAGCCCCUCCUGGAGGCCUUGGCGCAGGGCCUGCAGGAGGGAACAAUCUCUGGACUCACUGGCCUGGCUCGGACAUGGGACCUUUGGAAAUCCAACCUUCUGAGCCAAGAGGAAGGAAACGAAGCCACUGAGCCUGUUAAUGCAUUCGGCAUGUGCUGGCAAAGUAUGGGCCUGAUGCUCGCUGAGUUUCUCUCCCAGUUCGUGGAGGAGUUGCAACAGUUCGAAGCAUCAGCUCCAGAUCCAGACAAGCCGCGAACGUUAAUGCGACUUCUUCAGCUGACGCAGCCUUGGUUCGAGGCUGCUGAGGCUGUCAAGAACGUGUUGGACACCACUUUGCAGACUCUGCAUCAGCGGUAUCGCUGCACCGAAACUGAGACGACUGACUUGCAGAGUCGGCCGAAGCUCGGGCCGAGCCUUGCGGGCCUUGCAGCCGAGGAGCUGCUCUCGGCAUUGAGCAGCUGUGCCAGCAGCCAGGGCCUGAUCCGUUCCUUCAGUUCCUGUUCCGGCAGUGCCGGCCGUUCCUCUGGCCAGCGGGAAAGGGAAGAGCUUCUGCGGGACACGAUCUCGGAGCUUUGGUGUGGGGCUGCCCGGCCACUGCUGCGUGCUGCUGAGCAGUGGGGGAGCGUCGGGGAGCUCGGCUCCGAGUUUCUCUCUGAGGUGCCUUCGCUUCUGCCCCCAGCAGUUGCCAGUGCUGGCCGAAGUGUUGGUGCGCUGCGGGCUUGGUCGCAGGUCUGGGUCUCAGCAGAUCUUCACGCUGGAGGGUCAAGUGCAAGCUUAUACGCCCUGUAA